AUGGCGUUCGCAUGGAAAGCCGCAGGCAUUACCUACAACCGCUACCUAGCCGUCGCCGCGCGUGUCGUGCGCCGCUCAUUGAAGGAUGAUAAGAGAUUGGCGGCUGAGAGGAGGGGCGAGAUGGAUUUGAGGUUUGCCAAAUGGGAGAACGGCAAGCAAGGCGAGAGCAAGAAUUUGGCGGAGGCGAAUGAGGCUAGUAUGCAGCAGGCUGCUAGCGGGCAGUAG